UAACGCCAACGCCUGAGCAAAUUGCCGGCGUCACAAUAGUUUUACAAAUAGAAGAGUAUUUGGGCCAAAAUGAGUCCGAACAGGGAGCAGUCAAUUUAGCUAGAACAGUAUUGGGAGCCCGCCACCGAAAUGGCGAAACUUGGCAGGGCAUAUUAGAGGAUAUUCGGGCGGGUGGUGGUAUGGAUAAUUUUAUCCAGAAUCUGCCUGGUGCCUACCCGGAAACCCCAUUGGAUCAAUUUGCCAUUAUCCCAAUAAUUGAUCUUCAUGUGGGCAACUUUUAUUUAUCAUUUACAAAUGAAGUCUUGUAUAUGCUGCUCACUGUCAUUUUGGUCGUUUUUCUUUUUUAUGUUGUUACGAAAAAGGGAGGUGGAAAGUCAGUGCCAAAUGCAUGGCAAUCCUUGGUCGAGCUUAUUUAUGAUUUCAUGCUGAACCUGGUAAACGAACAAAUAGGUGGUCUUUCCGGAAAUGUGAAACAAAAGUUUUUCCCUCACAUCUCGGUCACUUUUACUUUUUCGUUAUUUCGUAAUCCCCAGGGUAUGAUACCCUUUAGCUUCACAGUGACAAGUCAUUUUCUCAUUACUUUGGCUCUUUCAUUUUCCAUUUUUAUAGGCAUUACGAUCAUUGGAUUUCAAAGACAUGGGCUUCAUUUUUUUAGCUUCUUAUUACCUGCGGGAGUCCCACUGCCGUUAGCACCUUUCUUAGUACUCCUUGAGCUAAUCUCUUAUUGUUUUCGUGUAUUAAGCUUAGGAAUACGUUUAUUUGCUAAUAUGAUGGCCGGUCAUAGUUUAGUAAAGAUUUUAAGUGGGUUUGCUUGGACUAUGCUAUUUCUGAAUAAUAUUUUCUAUUUCAUAGGAGAUCUUGGUCCCUUAUUUAUAGUUCUAGCAUUAACCAGUCUGGGAUUAGGUGUAGCUAUAUCACAAGCUCAUGUUUCUAUGAUCUCAAUUUAUAUUUACUUGAAUGAUGCUACAAAUCUCCAUCAAAAUGAGUCAUUUCAUAAUUGAAUAAAAACGAGGAGCCGAAGAUUCUAGGGGGCUACAGCUGCGCUUUUGCAGCACUGAACAUGGUUCCGGGUACUCAAGAUAUUGCGUUUGUGUUUGGAGAGGUGUAGAUUGUAGAUUCCAGCCGAGAAGACCAGGAAAAGAUAAGGAUAAAGAAUGUCAUAUAUCUCAGGAGCUAGAUCACUUCCCGAUGAACAAGUAAGAAUUGCCUCAACAAAAAUGGAUGGAAUUGGACCGAAAAAAGCCAUUCAGCUUCGUUAUCGAUUAGGUAUCAGUGGGAACAUCAAGAUGAAUGAGUUAACUAAGUAUCAGAUCGACCAAAUUGAACAAAUGAUAGCUCAAGAUCAUGUUGUUCAUUGGGAAUUGAAGAGGGGAGAACGA